AUGGGUUUUUUGGGCUGUUUGGGAGAUUCUUUGGCUACUCCACUGACUAUGUAUGUUCUAAGUGGAGCAUUAAACUCAUUUGGAACUGCUGAUCAGUCUAUUGCCAAGGAGGUGGUCAACAUGUAUGCGCUCAAGCUACUCUAUGUGGCUGUUGGAGUUGGAUUCGCUGCUUUCCUCGAAGGAGUUUGUUGGACAAGAACUGCUGAGAAGCAAACAUCUCGCAUACGGAUGGAAUACUUAAAAUCAGUCCUCAGACAAGAAGUUGGUUUCUUUGAUAACCAAGAUGUUUCAUCUACCUCCUUUCAAGUUGUCUCAAGCAUCUCUGCUGAUGCCCACCUAAUUCAAGAUGUUAUAGCUGAGAAGAUACCCACAUGCUUGACUCAAUUCUUUGCAUUCAUUUUCAACCUAGUAGUUGCCUUUCUACUUUCAUGGCGACUUGCAUUGGUUUCUCUUCCGUUUGCAAUUGGAUUUAUAGUUCCAGGGGUGGGAUUUGGGAAACUAAUGAUGAACCUAGGAAUCAAGAGUAAGGAGGCUUAUGGGGUUGCAGGUGGUGUUGCUGAACAGGCAAUAUCAUCUAUUCGAACUGUCUACUCGUAUGUGGGUGAGGAUAAAACACUUGAUAGAUUCAGCCAAGCUCUACGGGAAAGUACGAAGAUUGGCAUAAAGCAAGGAAUAGUGAAGGGGUUAUUGAUAGGAAGCAUGGGAAUAAUAUUUGUAACUUGGGCAUUUCAAUCUUGGAUAGGGAGCAUUCUUGUCACUGAGAAAGGAGAAAGUGCUGGCCGUGUUUUCGUAUCUGGCGUCUGUAUCAUCAUUGGAGGAAUGUGCCUUAUGAGUGCACUCCCUAAUAUCCGGUCCAUCACAGAGGCAUCAGCUGUUAUGAAAGGAAUUUUUGAGUUGAUUGACCAUAUCCCUCAAAUAGACUCUGAAAAUGCCACGGGGAAAGUUUUAGCAGAUGUACGAGGACAAAUUGAGUUUAGAGAUGUUUAUUUCAGUUAUCCAUCACGAAAGGACACACUUAUCCUCCAGGGAUUCAACCUUAAAUUAAAAGCUGGUAAGACAGUUGGCCUUGUGGGAGGAAGUGGUUCUGGUAAAUCCACUAUUGUUUCUUUGCUUGAAAGGUUUUAUGACCCCAUAAAAGGAGAUAUACUACUUGAUGGGCACAGGAUUAAAAAGCUCCAGCUGAAUUGGUUGAGAUCUCAGAUGGGGUUGGUAAAUCAACAGCCAAUUCUCUUUGCAACAUCCAUAAAGGAAAAUAUACUUUUUGGGAAGGAAGAUGCUUCAAUGGAACAGGUUAUUAGUACGGCUAAGGCUUCAAAUGCACACGACUUCAUCGACAAAUUACCAGAAGGAUAUGAUACUCAAGUGGGAGAAUUUGGCAUUCAAUUAUCAGGAGGGCAAAAGCAAAGGAUAGCAAUAGCAAGGGCAUUGCUUAAAGAUCCACGAAUUCUUUUGCUUGACGAAGCUACUAGUGCUUUAGAUACACAAUCUGAACGCAUAGUACAGGCAGCCAUUGAUCAAGCUUCAAUAGGAAGAACCACAAUUAUAAUUGCUCAUCGCCUCAGCACCAUUCGAAAUGUUGAUAAUAUUCUGGUACUUCAAUCUGGGAGAGUUGUUGAAUCAGGAUCUCAUGAUGAGCUGAUGCAGAAAAGUGAUGGAGAAGGUGGAGUUUUUAUUGAAAUGAUGAAAGUCCAGCAAUCAGUAGUACAGUAUAAGGCCCCUGAUAGUCCCUAUCAUCCCAUUGAGGGAAGAUACCAUAGGAAGGCCCAUACUCCUAAGUCUCCUUUCAGUGUAAGGUCAAGCAGGCAAAACAGUCCUGCUUCUGCCUUUAUCCCAGAAUUAAUCUUGAGUGGAGUUACAUCAAUACAAAACAGUCCCAUAUCCACCUCCAGAGAUUCUCAUGACAGCAAUGUUGAAAAAUCGGACAGUUCUUCUCCAAGUCUUUCAAAUUGGCGCUUACUUCAUAUGAAUGCACCAGAGUGGAAGAGUGCCUUGCUUGGAUGUCUUGGGGCUGUUGUCUCUGGGGCAGUCCAGCCAGUAUAUGCCUAUUCAAUGGGCACAGUGAUCUCAGUAUAUUUUUUGAAGGACAGCUCAAAACUAAAAUCUGAGAUCAGAUUUUACUGCUUCAUCUUCCUAAGUGUAGGUUUUAUCAGCUUCAUUUCCAAUCUACUGCAGCAUUAUAAUUUUGCAAUCAUGGGAGAGCGAUUAACCAAGAGGAUACGGGAAAAUUUUCUUCAGAAAGUGCUCACAUUCGAGGUUGGGUGGUUUGAUCUAGAUGAGAAUACAAGUGCUGCAGUUUGUGCACGGCUGUCCACUGAAGCCACUAUAUUUCGAUCACUUGUUGGAGAUCGUAUUUCAUUACUCGUUCAGGUCUUCACAACUGCUUCUAUUGCCUUCGUGCUUGGAUUAAUUGUUGCAUGGAAAGUUGCAAUUGUAAUGAUUGCAAUACAACCUUUAACUAUUGCAAGCUUCUACUCCAAAGGUGUUCUGAUGAAAAGAAUGUCCAAAAAUGCCCAAAAAGCUCAAAAUGAAGGAAGCCAACUGGCAAGUGAUGCAGUGGUCAAUCACAGGACCAUCACUGCGUUCUCUUCUCAGAAAAGAAUUCUUGACCUCUUUGCAGCAACGCUGAAAGGCCCACGAAAAGAGAGCAUAAAACAAUCAUGGAUUUCUGGAGUAGGCUUGUUUAGUUCCCAAUUUCUAACUGCAGCUUCUAUAGCUUUGACAUUUUGGUAUGGUGGGACUCUGAUGAACCCAAGGGAUUAG